GCUGAAAGAUAUAUCUACAAGGCUGUUGAUUACCACACUUUAUAAUUUUAUAAUAGCAAGAAAUUGAGAAUAACUGAAAUAUCCAUCAUAAAGGCAUUAGUUGCAUAAAUUAUACAUUCAUAAACUGGAAUGCUGUGCAGCAGAUGCAAGUGAAAUAGAUAAGUGUGUACUGAUGAAAAGUCCAUCGUUAUGGUUAUCAAAAGUUCCUUGUGAAACAGUGUGUUCUAGACUUUUAUAUCAAUAAUAUUUGUAGAAAAAAAUACAGGGAAAUACACAUCAAAUUGUUAACAUUUGUUACCUCGGGAUAGAAAUACAGAAUCCUAUCACUUUCUAAAAGUUUUUACAACAUAAAUGCUGUAAUGCUUGUCUUUUUUAUAAUGAGCAUAAAUUUUCAAAUGGAAAUAUUAAGAAAGAUAUAAAUAUUGACUUAAAAAUAAUGUUUAAGAUCUUAUAAAAUGCUGGAAAGACUGAUGCAGAGGUCACAUUUAUGUUCUGUUUUAUAAAGUUUUAGUGACUGAGUGCCCAUUUCCUCUGUAAUUGGGAGAAAAGUCAAACCAUAUUAAUGCAAAAUAGUAGCUGGAAAGGGUUUGUGUGUUGAGUGUAUUCCUUUAUCAUACUUUCUUUAAUUUUAUUUGCAGAUCCCAUUGCAGACACUCUGGAUGGAGAAUGCCAUUAAACUUCUGGAUUUGGUAGAAGUUAACAAUUCAAUCCUUGCUGAUCCAAAAUUAACAGGACAGGCUGUUAUUCCAGGAUCAGUAAUAUACCACAAACAGUCACAAAUACUGCUGGUUUAUUGCAAGGUCCAGACUCCUCCCAGGAAGGCGGAACACAACUUAUUCCAUGCUCUAGCUGAAAGGAUGGAUUUGCAAAUACAUUGCCUCCUUAUGCUACAAGCUUCUAUUUUGGUUGUCAUUGCUGAAAAGAGGCCUUACAAAAAGGCUUAGUAAGAGGGAACUUCUCUUGCCUGACUGCCUUCAAGCUGGGACAUCAGCUUUUUUCUGCCUUCAGACUUGAACUGAAACAUCAACUCUUCCUGGGUUUCAAGCCCGCUUGGUCUUCAGACUGGAACUAUACCAUCAGCUCUCCUGGGUCUCCAGCUUGCCAACUGCAGAUUU